GAACAUCUUAUCUUUGGCUAACAAAUCAUGUCCGAAAACUCACUGUUCGAAACGAAGAAAGCGAAGGGGGAUCUAGUUUACAAGGUGUUCGCCAGUUCGAUAUUUGCAGGAAUGAUUCUGAUUUGGAUUUACAGAGCAAGUCACAUAAUCGAAAAUGGGAGGAUUGUUUGGAGCAGAAAUAUGGUUCGGGUUCUACUGGAUGCUGAGUCAGUCCCAUCGAUGGAAUCGCGUUAAUCGCCGCACCUUCAAAGACAGGCUCUGCACUUGGAUUACUUUUAAUAUGUACUAGUACUAGUACUAGUACUAGUUUAUUCAGUGUAAUAAUGGACUUGAAUUAGCUGGUUGGGGGUUGUGAUUGUGAAUAGGUGCGAGAAUGAUUUGGGUGGUGUGAACAUAUUCGUAUGCACGGCCGAUCCAGAGAUAGAGCCGCCGAUGCUGGUGAUCAACACUGUUUUAUCAGUGAUGGCUUAUGAUUAUCCGCCGGAGAAACUGGCGGUGUAUCUCUCCGACGAUGCUGCUUCCGACCUCACCUUUUAUGCUCUUUUGGAAGCAUCUGCCUUUGCUAAGUAAGCAUUGGCUGGCCGUAUUGUAAGAGUUUCAGAGUCGAACCGCGCUCGCCACAAGCCUAUUUUUAUUUUACCACACGAUUAAUCUGCCCUGCCCACUUGGAACCGCAGCAACGACAACAUUUCGAAUCAAUCAAGAAAUUGUAUGAAGACAUGGAGAACAGGAUUGAGCUAGCAAAGAAACUUGGGACGGUCUCCAAAUCUACACUAAUAGAGCACACAGGAUUUUCUAGCUGGGAUUCUUAUACUCCGAAAACAGAUCAUGAUGCUAUACUACAUAUACUAAUCGACAGGGAUGGAGAAGCAACGGACGUUGAAGGCUGCAGACUUCCAACUUUGGUGUAUUUGGCUCGUGAGAAGCGCCCCCGCCAUGUUCACAAUUUCAAAGCCGGAGCUAUGAACGCUUUGAUAAGAGUAUCAUCAGAGAUCAGCAAUGGACCUAUAAUUCUUAAUGUUGACUGUGACAUGUACUCUAAUGAUUCACAAUCCAUUCGAGAUGCACUCUGCUUCUUCUUGGACGAAGGCAAUGGCCAUGAGGUUGCUUAAUGGGGCCACGAGAUGGGCUUGAAGUAUGGCUGUCCGGUUGAGGAUGUGAUCACCGGGCUUUCUAUCCAAUGUCGAGGGUGGAAAUCCAUUUUCUUCAACCCUGAAAGAGCUGCUUUCUUGGGUCUAGCAGCAACGACCCUCGAUCAAAAUCUUGUACAGCACAAGAGAUGGUCAGAAGGAGACCUGCAGAUUCUCUUGUCGAAAUACAGCCCCAUAUGGUAUGGACUUGGAAGGAUAAACGUCGGCCAAAUAAUGGGAUAUUGCACCUAUUGCUUCUGGUCAGCUAACUGCUUCGCAACGUUAUUCUACUCCAUUAUACCAUCUCUCUAUCUACUCAAGGGAGUCCCCUCGUUUCCACAGGUGUCAAGCAUGUGGUUUCUUCCAAUCGCCUACGUGGUGACUGCUGAGCUCGUGUACAGCUUUCUCGAGUAUCUCUGUUCUGGAGGGACGGUCCUAGGGUGGUGGAACAAGCAGAGGAUGUGGCUGUACAAGAGAACAAGCUCGUAUCUGUUUGCAGUGACGGACACCUUGUUGAAGGUGGUGGGAUAUUCUGAUUCAGGAUUUGUGAUCUCAGCCAAAGUGUCUGAUGCGGACGUAUUGGAGAGAUACGAACAAGAGAAGAUGGAGUUCGGAGCCACUACUCCAGCUUUCACCAUAUUAGCAGCUCUAGCAAUGCUGAAUAUGUUUUGCUUGGUUGGCACGGUGAUAUGAGAGUGAUUUGGGCAGGCGAAGUCGACCUUGGUUUUGCAGGCUAUUUUGUGUGGAGUUCUGGUUUUGAUCAAUUUGCCCCUUUACAAUGCUGCUUUUGUUGGAUCUGAUAAGGGGAGCUUGCCUAGUAUUGUCACGUUUAAAAGUACGUUGAUGGCUCUGUUUUUGUGUAGCUUGUCUUCUUUGCUGUAGAAAACCAUUCUCAUUUGUAAUGGACUCACAUAUUGUUAUCUCUACAUGCCUUUUGA